AUGGAGUCACUACCGACGACGCUCAGCUUAGCUCAGCUUAAUGCCAAGGCUCUCAAGAUGCUGGUUUGGCAGCCGGUCAGCACGGACAUGAUCAGGUUCCUGGCGAGAGCUGCCAGCAACGUUAUACAAUGCGACCCGGGGCCGAUCGCCCCGGCGGCAGGCGAAGCUUAUACCUCGGAUUACACAUCAUCUCCAAGGACGCUCCCGACACUCGAGAAGUUUAUCGAUCAGGUGGUCAGGUGUUCAAACGUCCAAGUGCCGACACUUAUGUCGUCGCUGGUCUACCUCAACCGCCUAAAAUCUAGGCUAGGUCCCCGGUCCAAGGGCCUGCCCUGCUCUGCUCACCGCAUCUUUCUCGCCUGCCUCAUCCUUUCCGCCAAGUACCUCAACGACAGCAGCCCCAAGAACAAGCACUGGGCGAACUACAGCGUCAUGUACGGCUUCGGCUUCAACCGCACUGAGGUCAACCUGAUGGAGAAGCAGCUGCUGUUUCUGCUGGACUGGGACCUGCGCAUCACCAAGGAGGAUCUCUACCGGGAGCUCGACCAUUUCUUGGCGCCCAUCCGG